AUGUCAUUAGGCUUCAUACAUUUUUCUCAAGCAACGCUAUUGAGCAAUAUUUAUGGAAGACAAUUAUUUGAAGACUAUGACUACGAAUAUUCACAUGAUUCAAUUUUUAACAAAAUAACAACACAUUUUGAAAUUCUUAAAGUACAAAAAAUUAAUAACCCUCAAAUAUAUGGCAUGUAUCUAUUGCACAAAGAGGAAUUGGAAUUGGAUGGUAACAGUGAAGACGUAAAGGAGAAAACGUUGUUUCGUGCAACAUCUAUACGGAAUGCAGAAAGUAUUGCAAGACACAAUAUUGUUUGGCGAAAGACAACCCGAACCAGAUUUGGAAUUGGUGCUUGUUUUUCACCAUGUACGCAUUAUGCCAAUAAAUAUGCUGGAUCGACGAAAGCCUUUAUAAUUGCCAAAGUGCUGGUGAAAAAUUUUGAAACAACAGGUAUCAACUACAAUUUAGAAAUACCGCCAAAAAACGACUGCGACAUGACACUAGGAAACGGAGAAUACGUUUAUGUGAAAUAUGACGAUAAUACGUUUUAUCCGAAAUAUCUUGUUCAUUAUUCCUAA